AGAGAGGGGGGGUAGACACAUUCCCUUCCGUGUCCUUGCUUUGACAAAAACCAAACUACAUCUUACUUCAAGCUCGUCUUUUGCCCCCCCCUCCCACUUUUCCCUAGACUGCCCAAGGCCACAAUUGGACAAGUCCUCCGUCUGUCUCUUUGACUGACAUCGCCACCACCGCCGCUGUCUCCUCCCAGUGGCAACAGACUGUUUUUGCGGGGAACAACACCAUUUGGACCGAACAGCCGGUUCCGUGUCCUCCAUGGGAAGCUAGAGGGCGACACGGCGAGUGCUUUAGGUUGCUAUCGAGGCUGCAGGAUGCUCCCCAGGUUCCUCUCGUGUUUGGGGAUAUCGUUUUACCUUCACGUAUGCUCUCUGGUGGACCCUGGAGAUGCACACAACAAUGCCAAGGAAGUGGUUCUGCUGGACUCUACAGCACAACAGACAGAACUGGAGUGGAUCUCCUAUCCUCCCAUUGGGUGGGAAGAAAUCAGCGGCUUGGAUGAGAACUAUACACCCAUUCGCACGUACCAGGUGUGCAAAGUCAUGGAGCCCAAUCAGAAUAACUGGCUUCGGACUAAUUGGAUAAAAAAGGGCAAUGCCCAAAGAAUUUUUGUGGAACUCAAAUUUACCUUAAGGGAUUGUAACAGUCUACCUGGCGUGGUGGGCAGCUGCAAGGAGACGUUCAACUUGUAUUACCAGGAAACGGAUUCAGAGGUGGGUCGGAGCAUGCGAGAGAACCAGUACGUGAAAAUCGACACCAUUGCAGCGGAUGAAAGCUUCACUCAGGGCGACUUGGGCGAAAGGAAGAUGAAGCUCAACACAGAAGUGCGGAUAAUUGGCCCACUGUCCAAACAGGGCUUUUACCUGGCCUUUCAAGACGUGGGGGCAUGCAUUGCCCUGGUGUCUGUCAAAGUCUACUACAAGAAGUGCUGGUCCAUCAUAGAGAACUUGGCCAUAUUCCCAGACACUGUGACGGGAUCCGAGUUCUCCUCCCUGGUGGAGGUGGAGGGAAUAUGUGUUAAUGAUGCCGAGGAGGAGGUGGACAACUUUCCCAAGAUGCACUGCAGUGCUGAGGGGGAAUGGCUGGUGCCCAUUGGAAAAUGCAUAUGCAAAGCAGGAUUUCAGCAGAAAGGAGAUGCAUGUGAACCAUGUGGCCGUGGUUUCUACAAAUCUUCCUCCCAGGACCUACAGUGCUCUCGCUGCCCGAUGCACAGCUUUAAUGAGCGGGAGGGCUCCUGGCGCUGCGACUGCGAGGAUGGCUACUACCGAGCUUUCUCGGACCCUCCUUUUGUGGCCUGCACGCGACCUCCUUCAGCUCCGCAGCAUCUAGUCUACACCAUCAACCAGACCACUGUUACCCUGGAGUGGAGCCCGCCGGCUGACACAGGUGGACGUAGUGACGUCACCUACCGGGUUAGGUGCCGACACUGUAGCUGGGAACCUGAAGAGUGUGAAGCGUGUGGGCCAAACGUGGGAUAUUUUCCUGCACAGUCACGACUAGUGGACAGCUACGUCAACAUUGUUGACCUGCUGGCCCACGCCAACUACACUUUUGAGGUGGAAGCUGUCAACGGGGUGUCUGACCUGAGCCGCACGCAGAGGCUGUUUGCUGCGGUUAGCAUUGCUACGGGGCAAGCAGCUCCAUCCCAGAUCAGCGAGGUCAUCAAGGAGAAAGUGCAGCAGCGCAGCAUCCAGCUGUCCUGGCAGGAACCCCAGCAAUCCAGUGGAAUCGUCACAGAAUAUGAAAUCAAAUACUAUGAAAAAGAUCAGAAGGACCGGACCUACUCCACAGUGAGGGCCAGAUCCCCAUCAGCGACCGUGAACAAUCUGAAGCCCAGCACUGCCUAUGUUUUCCAGAUACGAGCCUUCACACAGGCAGGAUAUGGGACAUUUGGCCCCAGAUUAGAGAUAACCACCAAGGAGGAGGCAACAGCUGCAAUUGUCUCCAGCGAGCAGAACCCUGUCAUCAUCAUAGCGGUGGUGGCAGUGGCAGGAACCAUCAUCCUGGUGUUCAUGGUGUUUGGCUUUAUCAUUGGGAGAAGGUACGCUCUCGCGGGCCCCAUUGACUCGCCGCUUUUGCAUUGUGGGUACAGUAAAGCGGAUCAAGAGGGAGACGAAGAACUUUACUUUCAGUUUAAAUUUCCAGGCACCAAGACAUAUAUUGACCCUGAAACCUAUGAGGACCCAAACAGAGCUGUCCAUCAAUUUACCAAGGAGCUGGAUGCAUCCUGCAUUAAAAUCGAGCGGGUUGUCAGAGCAGGAGAGUUCGGGGAGAUGUGCAGCGGGCGGAUAAAAUUACCUGGAAAACGUGACGCUUCGGUCGCCAUUAAAACAUUAAAAGUGGGUUACACAGAGAAGCAGAGAAGGGACUUCCUCUGCGAGGCCAGCAUUAUGGGACAGUUCGACCAUCCCAAUGUGGUGCAUCUCGAAGGAGUAGUGACAAGAGGAAAACCAGUGAUGAUCGUCACAGAGUUCAUGGAGAACGGCUCACUGGAUGCCUUCUUGAGAAUACAUGAUGGCAAAUUUACCGUCAUUCAGUUGGUUGGCAUGCUGAGGGGCAUCGCAGCAGGAAUGAGAUAUCUCGUGGACAUGGGAUACGUCCAUCGAGAUCUCGCAGCGCGAAACAUCCUUGUCAACAGCAACCUUGUCUGCAAGGUGUCUGACUUCGGCUUGUCGCGGAUGAUAAAUGACGAUCCUGAAGCCGUCUACUCCACUACUGGUGGAAAAAUACCAGUCCGGUGGACCGCACCAGAAGCUGUCCAGUUCCGUAAAUUCACCUCAGCAAGUGACGUGUGGAGUUAUGGAAUUGUCAUGUGGGAAGUGAUGUCCUAUGGGGAACGGCCAUACUGGGACAUGUCCAAUCAAGAUGUCAUCAAAGCUCUAGAGGAGGGCUACCGUCUUCCAGCUCCGAUGGACUGUCCCCCAGGCCUUCAUCAGCUUAUGUUGGAUUGCUGGCAGACGGACAGAGGAGAUCGUCCCAAAUUUGAUCAGAUAGUCAGCAUUCUCGACAAGAUGAUCCGGAACCCAACCACACUGAAAACGCCAGCUGGGACAUGUACAAGACCAGCUAGACCCCUGUUAGAUCAGAGCACACUGGAUUUUGCUGCUCUCCACUCAGUGGCAGAGUGGCUGGAAGCCAUCAAGAUGGAACGAUACCGAGACAACUUCACAGCAGCUGGCUACAGUUCCCUGAAAUCUGUGGCCAGGAUGUCAAUUGAGGAUGUCAUGAGCGUGGGUAUUACACUAGUGGGCCAUCAGAAAAAGAUUAUGAGCAGCAUACAGACGAUGAGAUCACAGAUGCUGCAUCUUCACAAUCCAGGUGUCCAAGUCUGACAGAAGCAACUUUCAUGGAGCAUUAUCUGACAUGGAACCUGGCUGGAAUAAACGGACUAACAUGUCGGCCGCAUGUAGGUGCGCCUGCAGUGGGGAAAAAAACGUUUUUCUUCAAUGAGACAUUGUGGACUUGAAGGAGAGGAAGAAAUGCAAACAAAAAGCGACAAUGGACGGGGCAAAUCAGAUUUUCUUUUCUUUUUUUUAAAUGAGCUAAUGAACACAUAUCAAAUCGUGCGUUGACAAUUAAGUGUUUAAACUUAAUGACUCAAACACUAAAGGCAAUGGUUUGCCUUUAAAAACAAACAUAAUGUUGUAUUUACAGGUUGGGGUUUGGCAGUUAGGUGGUCAGUAACAUACCAGGGUGCAUAGAACAGUCUAUGCUUUCCUCGACUUGGAAGCAGGGUAUACUCAGUAUUAUCCAAAUAUGGAGGAAACAUACCUUUAGGCUUCAAGGGUGGUUAGGGUUCAGAUUAAAACCUGUUUUUCGUUUGUAACAUGCCAUGGUGCAUAGAACAGUCUUAUGUUUCCUUUAACUUGGGAUAGAAGCAUACCUUUAGGGUUCGGGGUUGGUUCGAAUUAGGGUUAACAUACCAUGGUGCAUAGAACAGUCUAUGUUUCCUCCGACUUAGAAACAGCAUAUGCUCAGUAUUAUCCAAAUAUGGAAGAAGCAUACUUUUAGGGUUCAGGGUUGGUUAGAAUUAUGGUUAUAGGUUAGGGUUAGGGUUGGGCGUGUUUGGUUAGGAUUAGGGCUGAAAUCUGUUUUUCAUUUGUAACAUACCAUAGUGCAUAAAAACAGUCUAUGUUUCCUCUGACUUGGAAGCAAGGUAUACUCGGUAUUAUCCAAAUAUGGAGGAAGCAUACCUUUAAGGGUCAGCGUUGGUUAGAGUUGAGGGUUCUCAUUUGUAACAUGCCAUGGUGCAUAGAACAGUCUAUGUUCCCUUCGACUUGGAAACAGGGUAUACUCGAUAUCAUCCAAAUAUGGAGGAAACAUACCUUCAGGGUUCGGGGGUUGGUUAUGGUUAGCGUUAGUGUUAAAAUCUGUUUUCCCUUGUAACAUGGCAUGGUGCAUGGAACAGUCUACGCUUCCUUCAACUUGGAAACAGGGUAUACUCAGUAUUAUCCAAAUAUGGAUGAAAUAUACUUUUCGAGUUCAGGGUUCGUUAGGGUUUUCUUUGUAACAUCCCAUGGUGCAUAGAACAGUCUGUUUCCUUCGACUUGGAUACGGGGUAUACUCAGUAUUAUCCAAAUAUGGAGGGAACAUACCUGUAGGGUUAAGGGUUGGUUAGGGUUAGGAUUAAAAUCAGUUUUUCUUUUGUAACUUGCCAUUGUGCGUAGAACAGUAUACGUUUCCUUCGAUUUGGAAGCAGGGUAUACUCCGUAUUAUCCAAGGAAACAUUUUCUUCUACCUUUUCUGUUGACCUAACUAUUUGAACCUCAUGUACAUGUAGGGAAGUACAAUUUUCUGGGACAGUUGUUUUCGAUUCGUUUAUUAUUUUUUAAGGAUUCCUUGUGCGCAACACUGAGUAGAUGUUUCUUCUUUGAUUCUUUGUCAAUGUAGCAAUACUGUUGGCGUCCAUCACAGGAAUUGUAGCUACAGCUAUUUGCUGGGUUAGUGCACUGUUGAAAGACCAUAUCCAAGCCCCCAUAACUUCUUUUGACAGAAUUCUGCCUAAAUGUUGCACAGUUUUUGGGUACAUUCUUCCGCUGCAAAUACAUCGAAUCAAAAAAGGAGAAACGUGAACUCCCUGGACGUGUCACUGCCUUAAGUGUUUGACGUACUGCUUGUGCGAAUGCUUUUUUUGUGUGAUUUCUUUUGAGGGUGAGCUUGGGUUGUUUUGUUUUCCUUGCCGUAUGAUGUUUCGUUAUCUGAAACUUGCACUGCUGAAAUCAAGAUCGAGGACACGUUUCAAUGCUACAAGUGCUAGUCUGCAAAGAAGAGAUGACCUAAACAAAGCAAUAAUUACCAGGUAAAAUGGGUCUUCACUUGCCAUUUCCAAGGUGCUAGUCAUGUGUGCUGAGAGGAGAAGACCCCUUUGGAAGCACCAUUCAAUCACGAGAAAGUUCAUAUUUAUUCACCAGCAAUACUUUCUGAUGAUCAAAAGGAGGAUUUGGGUGUCAAAUUGCUGGACCAAAAACUGGGCAGGGACAGAUUGUGACGCUGAGUGCCACGGUAGAAGAUAACAAAGACAAUCUGUCAGUUUCAUCAUCACCGAUCAUCACUUCGAACCUCAAAAUCAUCGCCACCCAAUUGAGUUUACAGAGCAGUAUUAUUUAAGAACAAUAAGAAAAUGCCACUUUUUCACUGUCUUUUUUUCCACAGAAACAUGUUUGCUUUGGUUUCCUGUGUGGGUAAAGCACCGCUCAUCCGAAAUGACCUUUGAGCUCAUCAACAAAGAUCUGCUUUUUUUUGUCGUGGCUCUCCAUUUGCACUAAACUAGUGUGGAGUGGUUUAAAAAUCAGCCUAUUGUCCGGGCAUUGAAGCCAUCGCAACUGGACUGUUCGCGCUGCAGUGUUUGAUGACCGACAAAAUAGCCAAUCUUUUACGUGGUCGUUCUCCUUACCAAAAAAAAAAAAGUACGACUUUUGCAUCCGAGAAGUGACGCCCAGGCGCAAAACAUGACGUCACUCAUUGCCGUGUGCUUCCGGAUGUAAACUUCUGCUUUCCUUGGCGCGUUUGAGGCAAUUUCAAGGAUUUUGUGCAACGGGAGAGAAGACAUUUUCAUGACCAAAUGAUCCCGCGCUCGGCAGUGGUGUCCAAAUUAAGGCCCAGGGGCCAUUUGCAGGUUGCGGCAAUUUUUUUAUUGGCCCGCGCACAAGAAAACUUGACAGCAAAAUUGAAAAACCAGUAGUAAUUAUACAAGUCAAAGAAUGAAGAGGAAACGUAUAUGUCGGAUAUACGAGACCCGUACGUUCAGACGGCAGUAGCAUCGGCUACAUAUCGGAUUUAUAUCUAUAAAAGUACCAACGAGGCCUGGGUCAUGUUUGGAAAAAAUGGGAAUUGCUCUUUUCAUGACGACGUGAAAAUAUCAGAAUUGACCUGCAGUGUGAACAUAGCCUAAGACAAGCUGAACAGUCCAGUUGCAAAGAUUAAUGAAUGAGAAUAUUCACAGGCAACAAUCAGCCUCGUCUUAAUAAAUUGUGAAGCCAUGGCAACCAAAAAUGUAAGGAAGUCUGUCUGUGGGACGGUGUGACUGUGAAGGAAAUACAUUGUACUUUAUUUACUUGAUUUCAUUAUUGUUUAUUGGGCCUGAGAUCCUAAAUAAACAAGUGAGAAAAAACAAUAUCAGUACUCCAGCCUUUGAACUUAAGGGCGUUAGCAUUUCCAGUUAAGCUAACACACGUGCCUGGAGUGUGGGGAGCACAAGCACGGUGAGAACAUGCAACCUCUGCACGGGCCCAGCCCAGAAAAAUGAAACACAGUGGAACCUGGAUCGGAUAGAGUGAAAUAAGUGUUCGAGCCAAAACAUGAUUUAGUAGGCCUACCUGGUGGGGAAACCUUUGUUGGCAGUUCUUCUUCUUUCAUCAGAGUUGGAGGUUGGUCCACUCCUCUUUACUGAUACUCUCCAAAUCCUGAAAGUUUAGAGGCUGUCACUUGGCAACACAAGGUUCCCGCAGAUUUUAAAUGGGAUUAUAAGGUCCUCCUUUGUUACCCAUUUUCAGUGUUCAGUGAUACAUGGCCUGGUCAAACUGACGGUUUCCAACUGUGUGUUUGACAGUGGGGAUGGUGUUCUUGAAUUUCUCUGGAGUUGAUGUCAAUCUGGUCUCAUGUGACCACAUUCUCUCACGUCUGAGCAAUUAAUCGACAAACGUUCAGACGCGCUUGAACAUUGGGGUUGAUGAUGUGUGUGACUAAAGCUCAGGGAUGGGCUGGCUUCCAACCUGAAGGUUGUUGGUUCGAUCUUUUGCCCUCCUGUGACCAUGUCAAAGUAUUCUUUGAGCAAGAUAGCGAUGCUGCGUCACCAGUAGGUAAAUGUGCUAACAGUGUCAAAGCGUUAUACAGGUGAAAGUCCGUGUGAUCCCUCACCUUUCUCGGAAUCAUCCUUACCCCACCAGGUGGGAUCUGGCAUGGCGCUAUCUUUUAGGUCGACGUGCAUCUGUGGGGGGUCAGAAUUCUUGUUUGCCAGGGAAUCAAAUACUGAUUUCAGUCAAUCAAAUACACAUUUUUCAUUUGUUAUUUUUGUCUGUUUCAAUGCACUUUGCAUAAAAAGUAUGGACUGUCUAUGUCUUUGUAAGAGGGUAAGCCCAAUUUCAAUCAGCAAGGGAUUAAAGAAGGAUUUCCCCUGCUGUCUGUAUAUACGUGCUGUAGGUAGACACAUUCAGUAUAUUGACUGGUUUUUGGUUUGUUUUUUUACUACAUGUGUGGUUUCUGGAAAAGAUCAUAGAUCAAAGGGUGUGGUUCAAAAAAACCUCAGAGUUCGAGGAUAAAGUUGUACAUUUAUGUGAAAAAAAGUCGUACAUUUACAAGAAAAGAGUCACAAGAAUAAAUUUAAGUCGUAGUAUUACGUUUCAGAGGGAAAAUAGAGCAUUGCUCUUCAGGAAGGAAGGAAACAAAAGCAGCAAAACAGAGCAGUUGAGCACAAACAGAUUAGCAUGUUUAGCCCUUCUCACUACCGCCUUCCUUAGCCCCCCCCCCCUUCACAUGCCCAAGACCGACGGUCACAAAAGUCCCCCCUUUUCAAAGCCGUCUCAGAGAAAACCUGUAACAAACAGUUACGGGUUUUUUCUCGUAAAUGUACGACUUUAUUCUCGUAGUAUUACGAGUUUUUUCAAGUAAAUUUCCGGCUUUAUUCUCGAAAUGUCAGAUUAUUUUAAUACUCCGUCGUAACAGGCAUUGCCUGAGACAGCUAGGAAAAGGGGGGCCUUAUGUUACAGUACCUUUGGCCUUGCGCAGACGUUUUCUCGUAAAUUUAUGAAUAUAAGACUUUUUUUCUCGUAAAUGUACGAUUUUAUUCUGGAAAUCUCAGAUUUCUUUUUUCAGUGCGGCCCUAAUACUCCGUCGUAAAAAGUGAAAAAAAAAACUAAAAAAUAACUCAAACUAGAGCGGGGAAUUCAUCAUUUUGGGCUUAAGUGUAUGGUUGAUGGGGGUCUUGGUGGGGGUCUGAUCCGAGCACCUCACCUAAUCUGUACACCAGAGUUCCUCAAUCAGGCAGACGAGCAAACAAAUUCAUUUAGUUCACGCAAAAUCGUCAUCAUCAGAUUCCUAGGUGUGGUUUACUUCAACUCGACUAGAAAAAAACCAAACGAUAAAUAAAAUGAAACGUAAAAAAUAGAUAAUAUUGUAUAAUAUUAAAUCGCAUACAGCAGGAAAAAGCUCGUGAGGAAAUCUUUUCGAACUGUUUUGAUUCAGCACUGCAAAUUUGUCACUGCUUUAGUGCGCUAGGACUUGAUUCCAAAGAGUGCAACACUGUUUUGUUUUGUUUUUCGUGUAAUUGUAAAACUUGUAUAUUUUAUUUAUAUUGUUUUUUUUUUUCACAUAUCACCAGACAACAGAAAACUGAAUCAAUGAAAAAUGCACUAUAUUUUUUUAUAUCUUCCAGAUGACUGAUGUCAUCACUCACAAGCAUUCAGUCGUGCAUACGUUUUCAUUUAGGACCAAAGACCAUGGAUAUGAUCUCAAUUUUAUCAAUGAUGAACGUUUUUCACAAACAAUAUAAGAUUUUGCUAUUUAUUGUGCGGUAAACAUAACGAGAAUGAAUCAAUGUUGAUUCUUUUUCCUCAUCAGAAAAUACGGUGUGUAAAAGUCCAUUCAGCUGAUCAUUGUCUUUGACAUAAAGACUUCUGUUUUUGCUUAGUGAACCUUUGUACAUAUAUUUUUGGAAAUAAAAUGCAAUAUCUAAAUAUUUGCGUCUCAUGAGUCAUGUGAUUUUUUUUUUGUAUGUGUGUGUAUUUUUUUUUAUUUUUAUUUUUAGUGUGGGGUUCCUUCUUCAACAGAAGUGUCCAAACUGUGGCCCGGCGGCCAUUUUUAUAGGCUCGUGGUACAGUCUAAAAAUAUAGUUAGAAAAUAUUGAUAUAAAAUCUGACAAUAUAAUUCUAAAAAUAUAAGGAAGAAAACUACAAAAAAAUGUUGGAAAAUUAAAAAAAAAGAAAACAGAAAAAAAGGAAAAAUCCGCACUAAUUUUACAAGAGUAAAGUCAAAAUAUUAGCAGAAAAAAGUUCGUGAUCUAAUAAGAAAAAUUGUCGUACGUUUUUUUUAUGAGAUUAACACAAAAUACAAAUGUUUGGAGCAUAAAGUUGAAAUACUAAAGAAUCAAGAUGUGUUUUAAAAAGUUGUAAUAAUAUGAGAAGUAAAAACAACAACUGAAGUUGUCAUUUUUGGAAAAUUAGGCUUUUUCUCUAACUUUGAACCCUGCGGCUUAUGCAGCGACACGGCUAAUACAGGUAUGUGGUCAUGUUCUCAUCUUGUGACAUCUCCUAUACUUCAGAACUACGACUAAUUGUUGAAAUAUAUAAUUGGGAAAACGCUAUUACUAAGCUAGUCCAUCAUAAGGGCAACAAAAAGACCACGAAACAAGCGAAGAACGCCGAGAAGCCACCAUUCUCUGGUUGAGUGGAGUUCCUCCAGUUUAGGGUGAGCAACAACAAGCACAAUUUAUACGAAUAUGAAUAUAUUGACAAGAUGGCAAAGCCUCUUAUGUUGAGUGAAAACCAAAAAAAGAGGGCAUGUAGUGGAAUUUGUGCAGCGAUCGGCUUGUUGACACAUACCUGCAUCUGGCGGGGGCUCCACGCACGCAAAGGCAGCCACGAAGGCGCCGCUGUGCCGUGGCAACGUACGUAGCGCCACAGGCGUGCACGUCAUAUGUGCUCAUGUAUACUAUACAUGAAUAAAUACAAAUACAGAUACAAUAAAGCACAUUAAACAAAACAUAAAAUGCUGUGCUUUUCUCUUGGAGAUGAAUAAAGUUGCUAUCCAUCCAUCUAAGGCUGACUGCCGAAAAAUAGGACCCCGGUUUUUUUUAUGGCAGGUCGCAACCACUGUUUCGGUGCAUACCG